AUGGCUACCGCCAUCUUGAAAUACUUUCGUCAGGACUCGGGUUACGCGUCGAGCAAGCCCGUCGAUGAGGAGAAGACGGCAACGAGGGCACUGCCCUCGAAUUGGUACACGUCGCCAGAGAUGUACGAGCUGGAGCGUCGUGCCAUCUUCUCCCAGAAGUGGCAGCUCAUCACUCACAAAAGCCGACUAAGCAAGCCCGGUGAUUGGCUUCGAUACGACGUCGCCGGCUAUCAGUUCGUGCUUUGUCGCGACCGGGACGGCAACAUCAACGGCUUCCAUAACGUGUGUCGACACCGCGCCUUCCCCGUCGUGCUGGGCAACGAGGGCCAGUCGAAGAUCUUUUCCUGCAAAUACCACGGCUGGUCGUACGGCCUGAACGGCAAGCUCGCCAAGGCGCCGGGAUAUCAAGACCUCCACGGCUUCGACAAGACGCAGAACGGCCUGUUCCCUAUUCACGUCCACGUCGACUACAAUGGCUUCAUCUGGGUGAACCUGGACGGCAAGCAGGAACCCACCGUGUCAUGGGAGGAUGACUUUGAUGGCAUCGAUCGUCAGGAGCGGUAUUCAGAGUUCAACUUUGAGGAUUACGAGUUCGAUCACGUUUGGUCGAUGGACGGGACCUACAACUGGAAGAUCCUGGCCGAUAACUACAACGAAUGCUAUCACUGCGCGACCACCCACCCCGACAUCUCUGCCCUAGCGAAUCUUCAAUCAUACAAGGUCGACACCGUCGGCGACAAGAUCAUACAUUACCCAGCCACCACGGAUGCACAGCGAGAAAACGGCCUGACCAUCGCCAGCACAUACUACUUCCCCAACGUAUCAACAAACAUCUCACCCCACUUCUUCAUGAUCCAACGCUUCGUCCCCAAAGGCCCCACCACCUCGACAAUGAGCUACGAAGUCUACCGCAACAAGCACUCCUCGGCCGAGCAAUUCGACCUCGUCAACCAAAUCUACAAACGCAUCAUGUCCGAAGACAAGUUCCUGUGCGACCAGGCGCAGCAGAACCUCAACGCCGGCGUCUUCGUCAACGGCGAAAUGCACCCGCGCCUCGAGCAAGGGCCGCUGCACUUCCAGAAGACGGUGCGCGAGACGGUCAUGCGGCACGCCAAGAUUGAGGCGACGGUGAAGCGCGAGGUGUGGCCUGCGAGACAGCAGGUGCCAGGCGAGGCGGAGGGUAGUCGGAAGGACAUGGAGUUUUGCGCUGGGCUGGCGUCUUGUCAGGUCAAUGGCGGUGUGGAGGGGCUGGCGUGGUGA